AGUGGCAACGCCAUUUUUGUAGACCUCACAAAUUCGUCUCUUGUCAGCAGCAGCAGCAGUAAAAGUACGUAUAAGCGAUCGAAAAAGUUUGGAUUUUCUGUUGCAAAAGGUAUCGAGCAGUGCUCAAAAUAUAAAAGUUUUCUCGCCCGAGUCCCGCCGUGUCGGUUAACAGUAAUUUGUGACGAUUUUGAACGUGUUUCGCGAGUGUAUUUAGUAUUCAAGGAAAGCAAAUUUGUCUUCAUUGCCAACCCGGUUGCAAAGAUCGUGAGUUUCUUCUUGUUCAGUACCUUCUUCAUUUUACUCAUACGUCGUGAAUUGAGGUUCUCCUUUUCUGUCUGCGACAGCAGCUUUCUUUGUGUGCGUGGAAGUUAAAAAUCUGCUUUUUGGUUGGAAAAAUCGAAAGCAUAAGCAGAAACGAUUUCGUCAACCAAUAUCUCGAAAAUCACUGCCCCAUUGCACGUUUUGGAUCUUGAGGUGUCCGGAGUUCCUUGCAGAUAGGUGAAAACAAAAGGUACUUUUACAUCGUAUAGUCGCGCGUCGGUUGCGUGUGUGCGUGUUGAACGUAGUAAGGUUGUGCUUCCGGCGGUGGUGCGGAGGAAGCACUCGCAGUUUUUUUUUUCCUUUUUUCGAAGGGGCAAGUGGAAAAGCAUCGAAAAAGUGUGUAAAGAAGAAGAAUCUAGCAGGCAGAGAUUUCCCGUUACGAAGUGGAGUGCAAAAUUGUUAGUUUUCCAGCAUCAGCUUUUCGUUGGUGGUAAAAUCCGAACUGCUCCAGAUUUGGAUAGCGGACAGACGAAAUAAAUUUCUGUCUGCGGCAAUAAAUCGUUCGUUUCAACUGUGAGCAGGCACCAGAAGAAAAGGGGAGUGAAGAAUUCCCCAUUGUUCGAUAAACCGCAAACGUCAUUUGAUUUUUCAAGGCACAUAGAGAACCUGCCUUCGGAAUUUCGGAGAAGACAACAGAAACAGACAGUCCGGAAGUAAAAAAAGUGAAAGCAAAACGUCCAAGACUUGAAAAGAAACCAUCGUACAUAACAAGAAGACAGUUCAACUCUACUACAUUACACAGCGCGGGUUUCAAAGUUGGUCACGACAGGGCUUACGACACACGAAGUGACUUUUUACGCAAAUUUGGUCUGGUUGAGGCGCACAAGAGGCUUCCACACUUUUUUGCUGAUGAAGAUUCUCUGGCAGCAUGAAUGCAUUGGGGGGAACUAGGGGGGAGCGAAAUGCAAAGCCCAAAUUCGCAGCGUUAGAUAUCAACAAGCUUUACAGCACAAGUCGGGGAGAAUCUCUAGAACCAUCCACUCAGAAAAGCGCAGCUCCUCGUAAACAUGGAAUGCAAAGUUUGGGAAAGGUUCCCUCGGCUCGUCGACCACCAGCAAACCUUCCGUCUCUGAAAGCAGAAAUUUCCACACCGUCGGAUCAGCAAGGUACUUGGGGUAACGAAGCCGGAGAUAACCAAAACAACAAUUCUAGUAUUACCGCAGCACUACCCGCAGCAGCAUCAUCGUCAGUAGCAGCAUCCACUAGUAGCAGCCUAAAUAACAACGCCUCGGUCGGUGCCGGAGGUGUUCAUAUUUCUUCACACGCGAGCAAUCAACAAAUCCAUCACUCAAACGCUUCGUCCUCUACACAAUGGAGUUCGAACGAGUUCCCCUCCCUGGAUGGCACUGGUCAGUAUGGUCCGAACAGCAAGCAACAUCAGCAGCAUCAGUACGAUGGCAACGAAAGCCGAUCGACGAUUCAGUAUAUCGAUGGCCCACAUGUCAGUUUGAGACCCCAGACGGAUGCAGCGAGUUGGAUGCAGCAACAACAGCAAGGAAGUGGAGGCGGAAACAACGCCGGCGGUAUGAACGGGCCAAACAGCAACCAACAGGGCCAGGGCCACCAACAACAGCAGCAGCAAACGCCGCUACCGCCACAAUUCCGAGCACUGAUGCCACCGUUCAUGUAUCGUGGCAGCGGAGGCGCAGGUGGAAACUCUGUCACUCCACCUCCCUCGAACGAGGAUAUGAGUCGUGGUGGCAGAGAUGGUGGUGGCAGAGAUGGUGGUGGAGGAGGCAAUGGCGGUGGAGGGCGAAACAGCAACAACAGCGGUUACAACAGUAUGCUGCCAAGUUUUGUUCUUCCUUCGACAAAUCAUUAUCAAUCUCAAGGAUCAAGUUAUUCACCAACGCAAUCUGGUGGUAGAUACCGUGAUUCGUAUUCCGGAGGACGUCGUAAUCAGAUGCAACCACCUCGGCUAGCUAACCGGCAGCAGCAGCAACAACAACAGCAACAACAACAACAGCAGCAACAACAACUACAACAACAACCGCAGCUGCAACAGCAACAUACACCGCAGCACCAGAACGACGACCCUCGCGUACAGCAAGCUGCCCCCUCGUAUAUAGAACCGGAUAUUGUUCUGCAGAGACCAAUCAUAAGAGAUGAAGAGCUGCAACGUAUUGAAGCCAUUUCCAAGGAUGAAGGCUGGGCAAAGGACGAUGAGAUCGAUUAUAAUCAGAAGCUGCAAUUUUCGGAUGACGAGUCGGAACCAAGUCCCGCGAAAGAGAUGUCACCAGUAGUAGCGUCAACUACGCAUGAAAAGAGUAUGCCCCAACUUCUGCAGCAGGAUCUGCAACAACAACAACAACAGCCGCAGCAACAACUUCAGCAGCAGCAGCAACAGCACCAACAACCACAACAACAGCAGCAGCCUCAAUCGCAACAGGAAGAUGAGAAACGAAUGACUUGGAGCCGAGAAGUGGAUCGGGAAUAUGACAGGUUUGACCAGGAACGACCGGAUCUUGAUCGGCAAGAGCGUGAGCGCGAUCAACAGCCAUCUGUACGUUCCACGCAGCAGAAUGGGUACGUGGGCGGGGGUCGUGGCGGUCUAGAUGCGGAAGCGAAAGAACGAUUGAAACAACGUCGCGAAGAAGAUCAAAGGCGCGAAAUGGAAAGAAAGCAAGCAGCGGCAAAGAAAUUGCUCGAACUCGAACAGAAAUUAAAUCGGAAGAAAAAUGAAGACGCAGGAGUCUUAUCAAGCGCUGUCUCGGUGAAAGACGACGAAGAACGUGACCAGCCAGCGUCUGGCUAUAGUGAAUCUACUGAAGGAAAGGAUCGUAACAGCUCUGGUAGCCGCGGAGAUCGUGAAAAAGCUGAUUCAAAAGAGCAACGAGAUCGUGAUCGGUACGAAUAUGGAAGGCACGAACGAUACGAUCGUGACAGACCUGAUCCAAAUCGCGAAGGGUGGGACAUGCCAGCAUUUUCGAAGAAUUUCCAAACAAAUUUGCCGCCACGUUUCCAGAAGCGUAAACUUGAACGAAAUCCUUCGGGGAACAGUUUACAGGGAAGUAGUCACUUUGUCGCAAGAGAUCAAACUAACAGUCGCAACGGUAGCACUGCCAAUCAGGGAUCCACGGGUUCAUCUCAAUCGCAACAACAGCAGAGCGAUGGUAAAAGCGUACCAUUUGCACAACAGUAUGAUCCACGCUUCAUACACAGCCAGCAAACUUUCGGGAAGACUCAACCCGCUGGAUCACAGAGAAGAGGUGUUCCUGUAGAUGACGUUCCCCGCGGAAGAGACUUUAGGGAUCGUGGUGAUGAUCGAGAAAUGUUGCGUGAUCGUGAUAGAGAUCGAGAACGAGAUAUGAUCCCCAGGGAAAUUAUGAAGCGUCGGAUUGAUUCGGAGGAAGAUGAUCGGUUCAGCAGCAGUGGUAGGGAGUCCUCGAGCAAAUUGAGUGGUGGACGAACGACACCCCAGCUUGUCAGAAGUGUUUCGGAUACAUCUCAACGUAAAACGAGCGUUUCCAGCGAUGACAAUUGUCGUCAAAUGGAACAACACCAUAACAGUACGAAGGAAUCAAUGGGUUCUUGGGAAUCCGAAGCGGAAAAGGAAGAUCGUAGGCAAGUGGAAGCGCCAACUGUGCUGGCAAAAGAAAAUCAGUUGCAGCAGUUCCAUCAGCAACAACCAUUGGACAACCGGCGUACUUCUGAAUCAUCGGUGAUGUCUGAAGGUGAACCCAAGCAAAUUCUUCAUAGAAUCAAAGAAUCUUCACCUUCGCUUUCAGAGGAGCCAAGUAAGGCCGAAACAACCGGCGUUGAAACAAAAACGAAAGAGCCUAAGUUUAUAUCGAAGGCAUGGGGCGAAGAUACUGUAGAGGCCUGGGGAGAUGGAGAUGAGCCGGCAAUAAAAGCUCACGAUUUAAGUUUGGUUUCAUCAGAAGAUAAAAAAGACGCUUCCGGUUCGGAUGGUGCUAAAAACGAUAAUAUCAGUGGAAGGAUAUCUGAGUCGGAUGGUAAGAUGAAUACUUCACAAGGUAGUGCUGCCAGUGGCAAAGAAUCGGACGACAAUAAAUAUGGUUCAAAAAAACCAAUGCAUCCGAGAUUAGUCGGGAGACAUGAUUCGCGCGGUGGAGGUCAUUCGAGAGGAAGUUACGGUGGUGGAUAUCAACGCGGUGGUGGUAGUUGGGGUCGAAGAGGCGGCAGUAGUGGCUCUCGAAUGGGUCAUGGAAGAAAUUAUAAUCAGGAUUAUUGGAGUGAGUCUGAUUAUUCUGAAGAUGGCGAGGAUGACUAUAAAAAGGACGGAAAGUACGAGCGAAAGGAUGGCGGACAUUAUAGACACGGAAAUCCAUCAGCUGGGCAAGGACAUAAUAUGAAGGAAGGGUUCGCUCCGCGUGGAGAGCCAUCCAGGCGAGGACGUGGAGGGAUGAGUUCUGUGAGUGGUCCUGGUUUCCGUAAGGCACCAGUCGGUAAAAAGAUCGACGGUUAUGGUCCGCCAAGUUCGAAGAGUCCUUUCGGAGGCAAUGAGGAAAAGGUGGACUCAAAGCACCAUGCAACGGGGAAGGAUAUUAAAUUAGCUGAACAGGCAAUUUGCAAUGAAGAUCGUACGAAACAGAAACAAGCAGCACUUAGUGCCGGCCUGACAAACAAACCCGCUGGACCAAAACUGUCUGGACAAUUGCCACAAAGAAGCCCGUCUGGUAAUAUGAAACCUCCAGGGAAGCCAGCGGAAGAAACACUUUCCGAUCAGGAAAAAUUGAAGACAGCGGAUAAGCUGUCACUAGAUAAAAAACCCCGCAAUGACAGCAAAGGCGAAUCUCAUGAAGAAAAGGGCAAAGAAAAACCGAAAACGGAUAGCGAAAAUCAUGAUUCGGAGGAUAAAGACGGAUCAAAAGGAGUCCAUCGUGUUAAACCACAGCAACACCAACAGCAGCAACUUCAUAUUACGAAAGGAACGCAACCACCACCGUCUGUACCACUUAACAAAUCUUCUGCUCCCGCCAAAUCCGUUGUUACAACAAUAACAAGCCAAACGGCAACCGUAGUUCAAAAGCAGACCGCGGCAGUGGUUGUUGGAGCUCAACCCAAACUCAAUCAGGAUGUUCGUAAUCAGACCAACAAUGUUCGCUCACCCAAUAUUCCUCCUCGGCUUGUUAAACAGAAGGAUCGACAAGGUGGAUUACAAGACGGCCAGCAAAGCGGAGGAGAAACAAAUGACUCGGAGCAGAAUGUUGCUUCGAAUUUAUCACAGCAACAACCACAAUCGCUGCCGGAUAAAGUAACCCCACUGAGUAUAAACGCUCCCAAGACUGAUACUAGUAAGCAACUUUUGGAUGGAACAACACCGCCUGUAAACACGAUAAUAUUUGAGAACACAAAUUACAAGUCAACAUCUACAGCGGCUGUUGCUACAGUUAUAGUGCAACAGCAUCAUCAUGUUCAACAACAACAGCAACAGCUGGUUCAGCAGCAGCAGCUAGCUCAACAACAGCAGCAGCAGCAAGUUCAACAGCAGACACAACUACAAGGUCCUCCUCCUCCUCCUCAAAUGAAGCGACAACAUUCCGGAGGCUCCACUGUUCCCCUGGUAGCUCUGCAACAGCAGCAACAGACAGUAAUUCACAUGGGAAAACCUGAUCAUCAGGUGCGACAUUUGUCCCAGGAGGAAGCGUUUAAACCUGCUGGUGGUAUUCAAACUACUGUUGGGUCAAUGCAGGAAAUGAUGGAACAAGCGCCGCAACCACAGCGACCUCAUUCGGCAAAUGGUCCUCCUCCACAGCAGCCACAAAUUCAACAGCAACAGCAGAUCCAAGGACCACUGCAACAGCCAAUACCACAACCAGGGCAGUCAAGCUCGCAAACCGAUGCAAUAUCUAAUGCUCUACAGGGAAUGACUUUUCAGAAAUCAGCAGAUUCGGAUUAUGAAAAGGAAAUUAAACCCUUCUCCUUUGACAAUGAAUAUUCGCAGCUCAUCGAGGCGAAACAGAAAGCAGCUGGUCUUUGUCUUUCCAAGGCGCAAAAUAUGAUUUCUCCAUCGACGGCAGAGCUAAACCUGAAAAUAGCCAGCGUGAAGAAGGUUUGGGAGAUGCCAACUGUUGCAGAACAUACUGGUGAAGAUCCUACGAGUGCAGCCGCCGCUGCAGUACAUUUAGCAGCAAAUUUUGCUUCAUCACAACAUCAGCAACAUCUGCAUCAGUUCCAACAUUCGCAUGGAAAUCUUUCUCAUAGCCAUCCGGUUCACACACUGGCUGCGGCAACGGGCCAGUCAUAUGCGGGUGGCUUUGGACAAGAACAAGCGUCACUUGAACAACAUUUUGGGAAGCCAAGUAAUGAAGGUGUUGCUGGGGCCGACGUUGACUCCGGCUAUAGUACUCAACAGCAUGCCAUUGUUGGACAAGGAGCAAACGUUCAGCAUCAAGCAACGAACUUGAAUAUGAAACACGCCGCGGAUGUGCUAGCCAACAAUGCUCAAGUAUGCAAGGUGAAACCAACACAACAAAACAUGCACCAAUCUACUGGACUAGGUCUUUCACCACCUCCAAUGCAACAGGGUAAUAUUCCAUCCGCACCACAAACUUACUAUCAACCGUCCCAGUACGGUAUGUCCACCAUUCCUUCACCACCGGCCGUAAUCUACAAUUCUUCGGCAAUGCCUUCGCAAGGUGGUCUCUACAAUCCAUUCCAAAUUGAAGCUGCCGGUCGCUCGCAAUUUUCCCAAUACCCCACCCACUAUGGUACCACUGGAACCGGACCAUACAAUGCCUAUAUGACUACUCCGCCAAAUUUACAGACCGCUCCGACACCGGACAUGUACCAGAGUCUAGCAUCACAGUUUCGCAUGAGCGGUGCCGUCCAAUCCCCUUACAAUCCGUCGCCCUCGCAACAGCUGAACAAUCCCAGCACGAUGCUCAUUUCAUCCAGCACAAACUCACUCAUGUCAUCAUCAGUGAAACCUUCAUCCCAACAAAUUGGUGCAAUAGGUUCUAAGAGUGGCUCCGUUGGUCAACCGUACGGACAGCAGUACAUGGGGAUGUUUCAACCAGCACCCCUUCAGAACAGCAGUUUCUAUUCCAACUCAGCUGGUGGUCAAAAUGCAUUUUUCGGUGGUGCUGGAGCUACACAGAGCUAUGGCAUUCAAGCGGCUGCUGCCGGUAUGUUCGGUGGUCACGGAGGACAAACUCCAUCCAGCGCACCUCCGCAACAACAGUUGCCUAACUAUGCAGGUACAUCGCAGUUUCUCAGCUCACCACUAUUAGCCAAUGCUGCCAUCUCACAACAGUACCGUGGAGGUCCGACCAAUAAUCCACAAUCGGCAGUAGCAGCAGCAGCCGCUGUCUACAUGAAGAACAAUCAGCCCCAAUCGCACAUGCAGGAUCCCAAUGGUCGACAGUUGAAAAGUCCUUUGAAUACUGAUGGGUUGAAUAAUUUGAAACAGAUUCCACCACAAGCAAGUCCACCACAUCACAAGGGCUAUGCAACGACCACGUGGGAGCUCCAGAACCAGCUAAUGCAGCAGCAGCAACAGCAGCAGAGCCAGCAGUCGAAUCCCCAGCAACAGGUUUCGCAGCAGCAGAACCCGUCACAGCAUCCUCAGCAGCAGCAGCAGAUGGGUCAACCACCGCAGUCUCAGCAACCAAACACGAACCGCAAUAUGAUGCAACAGAAUCAACAACCCCCGGUGGGACUAGGCGGUACUGGUGGUGGCGGACGUCCUCCCCCGCAAGGUGUGCAAGGCGGUGGUAUGCAGCAACGAUACCCAUCACCAAUUCAGCGACCGACUAACUACUCGCAACCACCGGUUCCGGGUAUGCAUCAACCACGGCCAAUGCGACAGUCGAACCAUAAUCCCGGUCAACAACAGCAACAGCCACCUAACAUGGCACAAUCGAUGGGCAACCCCAAUAAACACUAUUACGGUGGUGGUAAUCGAGGUGGCGGUCACAUAAAUACAAUGAAUGAUCAAAACCUUGGUGGCAAGCCCGGUGGAGCAAAUGAGAAACCCGUACUGGACGGUGAAGUGAAUAAGGAUGAUUCCAAGAAGAAGUAAGUGUUGUAACGAAUUAGUAAAACUAUUAAUCUAAAUUAAAGUUGAGAAAACGGUUACUUAGAAAAAUACAAUGAAAGUGAGUUUUACUUACAAAUGGGAGGGAAAGUAUUCAUUUUACACUUGUAAUGAGAGAAGAAAAGUUAAGAAAUAUGUACAUUUAGAGACAGUGAAACGAAACAAAAUGCACAGACAUUUCAACUAAUAUUAUCGGAAAUUGUAUUAUCGGUAAACAUAAUAAUAUUUAUUAAUUAAAACAGUUAAAGAAAAUCAGCAGAAAAUAAACUAAGCAAAAUCAGAGAAACUAACAACAGCAGACAUUUUUAAGAUCAAUGCAAAUUAAUCGCUCACUUGAACUGUAAAGGGCAGAACAAGGAAUCGUAUUCAAGAUUAGACAAGUUUCAAUUCAAUCGGGCAUCGCUAGGUACACUUCUACAAACCAGUGAAAUGAAUCGGUUUGACUGAGCUUCACUAUAAACGACAAAAAAGGAUGAACUUUUAACUUACUUAAAUUAUAAUAAUUCGCGGGGACUUUUCAUCAACCCCUUUUUACGAAACUGUUGUAACAUACGCAAUUACAGAACAAAACAAAGCUGACUUGACUUCCUGUCGUUUCGAUACGUGACCGGCUAAAAACGCAAACAUUUUUAUUACACUGAAAUUGUUGCUUGAUUUGCAAAGACGGGAAGUGUUUAUUACUAUCAAAAUUGCAACUUUAUAGCACCAUGACCUAUAAUUGUUGAACAUUCUGAACUACAAAAUCCUAGCGGCUAAGUGUCUCUUAACGUAUACCGCAUAAGGUAAACUAGUUCGAAAGAGACAACAUACUACUGAACAACUGACAAAUGCUUAUUGCUGACACGGUGAAUGGGAUUCGGCGAGAAAAUAAAUUACUGCUAUUACUACUGCUACUACUACGACUACUACUAGAUAAGGACUUUAUCUUUGAGCGGCAAUUUUCCCCACCAAACGGUGACUGCCGCAGAUCGGUAGGGGAAUCGAGUCGUUCUUCAGUGUUGAAAACAACUUUGCUAUUGAGACACAGAAAAAGUGAAAUCUUCACAUAAGAUAGAAGCAAAUCUUACCUUAAAAAUUAUACGAGCAAGCAAAUAUUCAAAGAAAAACAAAACAAAAGUGUGUCUACUCAGAAGACUAUUAGCUUAAUACAAGUGUAGAAGCAUAAAACAAAAAUGCUGAAACAUAACAUAAAAUACGUGCAUAAUAAAGCAUCUAUACAUUAUAAAACAACUAUAUUAGUAAUUCACCUUAUUAAUUAUGGAAGUAAUAUUAUUAUAAAGCAACAAAAAGAAACGUGAAACACUGAAUAUAUCGAUUAUUAUUUGCCGUAAAACUGUAUUGGACGAAAAAUAAACCUUAUAGGUAGAGGUCAAAUCGUCAAACAGAUUUUGUUAAUUUUUUCGUUUUAGUAUGACAUUGUUGGAGAAGAGAAGAAACGCGCAUUAACCUUACCGAGUCAUGUUUGAAUAUUCUGCGUAACUAUUGUAAUCGAUCGCUGAACGAAAACAAUAUAUGAAAACUACUAUAACAAAAAGAAUUAAAAAAAAACACUAUGACCGACAACACUGCAAUGUGAGUAACCGAGAAGCUAAAUUGGAGUAAAGUGAAUUCAGACUAUGCGAGAUGAGUUUUUUUUAGUUUAUAUUUAAAAAACAUUUUAUUUAUUUCUACUUUAACGAUAAAUUCAUAACCGAAAAAAAUAAAUAAAAAAACAUGAGAUGAUAAUUAGAAGAAAGAAUACACCCACGCACGCAUACAUUAUAAAAUAAAAACGAAUCCGAGGAAAAUUGUGGAAAAGUUCAUAUGGUAGGAGGGUUGAAACGAGGACAACUUUGAGGAGAGAUAAUGAUUGAGUGAAGUUGAGCAGCAGCUGCAGCAAAGACGUACGUAUGUUGAAAAAAAAACAUUAUAAAAGUGAAAACAUCAAAGUAUCUAAACAAUUCAAACAAAAAAAGUUUAUAAAAUUCAUAAAAAUGAAAAGAAAAAAAAAAAUAAAAACAAAAGUCGAUAAUACGAAAAACUAGGAAAACUCAA